UCGUCGAUGACAGCUAACAGGCUAACAAGCUAACUCGCCAAUCAAGUCGCUGUCAGCCCAAGCGGUGACGUCGUCGACGAUCGAGUCCGGAACGCCGACCACCGUCGUCCCCCCCCCCCCGUUCGCUUUCCACGUAUUUUGUCAACCUUUUUUCACCCCUCAAAUCGUUUGACUUUUCCAUCCGCGGGAGAACGAUUCAAAGAAUGUCCUUCUGCUUGUUUUGGUUCGGACAUGGCGUAGCUUUCUCUUCCUUGUUCUCAUUCCUUCGUUGUCUUCUUCCUUCUUCUCACGGCGGAACGCUGUUUGAGUUUAGGGGGGGACAGGGGGACGACGACGACCGCGACGGCGGCGGUCCCCACGGGGCAAAAGCGUCCGAAGAAGGUUGCCUUGCGAGCGGACUCUGCGGCAGACAUGUUGUCGACGCUUGCCUUCCUUCCGAGCUAGUUAGCAGAAAUGUCGGCGCAGUAAAGGACGAACCUGGACCGAGCUGGACGUACCUGGACGGACGACAGUCUGGCUCGGUGUGCUGGUCCUGCCUGAGACUAGUCGUCGCGGCCAACUUAAGAUUUGUUAGCCUGUUCCCCUUCAAAAAUAAACAAACAAAGAAAUAGACAAAACAUUCACUUGCUGACCAUCUCAGGCAGUGGCCGUUUUUGACCCGAGGUACCCGAAGUUGGAUGUUUGGGUUUGAACGACCUGCAAGAUGACAUCCAGCACGCCAGCAGACAUGAUUAACCUGCGACUCAUCCUGGUCAGUGGGAAGACUAAAGAGUUUCUGUUCUCUCCCGACGACUCUGCGGCGGACAUCGCCAAACACGUUUAUGACAACUGGCCAAUGGACUGGGAGGAAGAGCAAGUCAGCAGUCCCAACAUCCUCAGGCUCAUCUACCAGGGACGCUUCCUGCACGGGAACGUGACGCUUGGAGGCCUGAAGCUUCCUCUGGGCAAGACCACCGUCAUGCACUUAGUGGCCAGGGAGACGCUGCCUGAGCCCAACUCCCAAGGUCAGAGGAACCGGGAGAAGAGCGGGGAGAGUAACUGCUGUGUCAUCCUGUAAAUGGAACCCUUUAAAACCUCCAAUUUGUCAUCCGGACCCCCCGACCACCACCCUGCCUUAUUGGGUCCGUCCCCACUAUCUCGUGACAACAACACAUCUACAUUGGGCCGCUAAACUGAAGUUUGGAGUUUGUUUUGUUGUUUCUUUUUUCUUUUUCUUUUCCUCAACACUGUAAGCCUACACACACACACAUUGUGUAACUGGCUGGGAGCUGGUUGCCACGGUGAUGCCUUGUUUUUCUUUUUUAAUUCUAACAAGUGCACUAAUAUACCAAGACACACACGCGCACACACUGGUGGCCAUCUUGUUGCCAAGAAGAAGAGACGCUCCACAACAGUGUUGUCCUCAAUUUGGUCUUUUCUCUUUGUGAAUAUUCAUAUUUUUCUUCUAAUUAUCAUGAAUUAUUAAUGACAUCCAUUUUGCACAACACAAGUGUGUGCUACUUAGGCACAUUCGAUAACAACCGUACGUAUAAGUGUAUGUAUGUAUGUUAUUUGUAUUUAAGAGUUGUUCUGCAUGUACUGUAUGUGUGCUUCGCUUCUGGCCUCAUGAUUGACAGAUUUAUUUGAUGUGCGCUUGUUUUUUUUGUUUUUGUUUUUUUUUAUUAUUAUUGUGAAUUGAUCAACAUGAUCAUUUAUUGCAAUCACGUGUACAUGAAAUCAACAUUUUCAAUUAUAAAUAGCUCCCCCCACACACACCUGUAAACUAAAUAAAGCUUAUUGAAGUCUCA